AUGCAGUUCACCAAGCUCUCCAUCACCGCUCUCUUCACCAUCCUCGCCGCCACUGCCAUGGCCGCUCCCGCCCCUGACUCUUCUGCUCCUGACUCUGUCGCUGCCCGCGAGGCUGCCCCUGAGCCGGAGGCCUACGAUGCUCCAGUGGGCUUGGAGAAGCGCGGUUUUGGAUGCCCUGGCAACGAAAAGAAGUGCCACAAUCACUGUAAGGGCAUUAAGGGCUACAAGGGAGGCUAUUGCGAUGGCCCGUACAUCCCGUUCGUCGGUCGCCCACGAUGCAAGUGCUACUAG